AUGGCCCCUCGCGCCGCCCGCGGAGCACGCUCGCUCAAGGCGGCUGCCAAGGCCUCGCGUGGCGCCGCCUCAAAGUUCGAGGCCGCUCCCGUCGAGCGCAAGCGCCACGAUGUGGUCGGCCAGCGCAAGCCGCGCGCGCCAAAGUCGUCCAGCGCCGCUCGGAAGCGGUCCGAGGCGGAGCGGCGCGAGACGCUGGCGGUGGAGUACCGGAACCAGCACCGCAGCAACGUGCUGAUCGACGGCCGCUUUGGCGAGGCGGACGACAACCUGCCCGCAGAGGAGAAGCACUAUGCGCGGCUGCAGCGCGAGAGGCUUCGGCAGGCGCGCUCGUCCAAGUUUGCGCUCGAGGAGCCGUCCGCGGCGGCGCUCGACGCGGCGAUCGCCAAGCACAAGCUCGCGCGCCUCGACCGCAAGGAGGAGCGGGAGCGGGAGCGGCAGCUCGACGUGCAGUCGCUGCUGCUCGGUGGCGCCGCCGGAAAGGCGGCGGCCAAGCCGAGUGGGGCCGGCAAGGCGGGCGGCGCGGGAGGCGAGGGCGCCGCAUCGUACAGCGACUACCACACGCUGCUGGCGGCGAUGGGCGGGGAGGCCCUGCCCUUUGUCAUCCCUUGCCCCGCCACCUCUUCGGAGCUCGACGCGGUGCUCGCGCUCGGCGGCGGCGGGGCGGAGGCGGUCAGGGAGGCGCUGCACCGAGCGCACAUCAAGUUAAAGGAGGAGAACCGACCGAAGCUAGCGCGGCUGGCGGUGCUCCUGCUUCGGAAGCUCCAGGCCCUAGCGGCCGCGUCGCCGCCGCGGCUGGGAGAGACGGCUCCGCUCGCCGCCGCUCUGCGCUCGAUCGCGGCGCAGGCGCCGCUGGAGGUUGCCCAGGCGUGCAUCGAGACGGUGUUUGGCCGCGACGCCGACCCCGACCGCGAGCGCGCGCAGCUGCAGCUCCUCAAGCGCAAGGCGAAGAAGGAGCACAAGGGCGCGGCGCGCGAGCUGCGAAAGGACGGCGCAUUCCUCGCGGGCGAGCGCGAGCGCGAGAAGAGGCAGCGUGACGACUACCUCGAGGCGCGCGGCACCUCACUGCACACCACAAAGAAACCUUUUGAGGCGCGCGGCAAGCGGGCGGUGCAGAUCAUGCAGGAGCAGGAGCACGCGUGGAAGCAGCAGAAGAAGGUCAAACGCGACGCCGCCAAGGAGCUCUAG